AUGUGUGGGGCGCCGCUACAGCUGCCUGGGGGCCCCUCAGGCUUCUUUGCUGCUGCUGCUGCUGCUGCUGCUGCUGCUGCUGCGGGAGCAGCAGCAGAAGAAAACUCAGAAAAUGCAGCAGAAGUUUUUGUUUAUGAGAGCCUAAUGCCUUACAGUCAAACCCUGGGGGCAGGGUUUAGGCCACAGCAGCAGCACAUCAGAUCGACAAAGAACUGCAGCAGCACAAUAAACGGCGGCAGCAGCAGCGACACCAGCAGCAGCAGCAACAGCAGCAACAGCAGCAACAGCAGCAACUGCAGCAACUGCAGCAGCAAGAGCAACAACAGCAACAGCAGCAGCAGCAGCAACAGCAGCAGCAGCAGGAGAAUUGCAGGGGGCCACGCUUGCCCCUCUGGGAGCAGUGACCGCAGCCAGCUGCAACUGAAGCAGCAGCUGCAGCAGCAGCAGCAGCAGCAGCAACAGCAGCAGCAGCAGCAGCAGCAUCUGCUGCUGCUGUUGCAGCUAGGGAUCCUCGCGAAUGGCGACACCUGCGGGAAAGAAGCAGCUGAUGCAUCCUGGACAGCAGGAGAAGAAGCAGCACCAACAGCAGCAGCAGCACCACCACAACCAUCACCAGCAGCAGCAGCAGCAGCAGCAGCAGCAGCAGCAAGACGAGACUCGCGGGGAACGAUGAUACAUCCUCAACUGCAGCAGCAGCAGCAGCAACUGCAGCAGCAACAGAUUCGCAUGCAGCUACUGCAGCAGCAGCAGCAGCAGCAGCAGCAGCAGCAGCAACAGCAGCAGCACCGCUUUUCGCGUCUCUCUCUAGCAGCCGAUCCCCACCCCUCUCUCCCUCCCCCUCUUCAGCAGCAGCAACAACAGCAGCAGCACCACCACCAGCAGCAGCAGCAGCAGCAGCACCAGCAGCAGCAGCAGCACCAGCAACAACAGCAGCAGCAGCAGCAGCAGCAGCAGCAGCAGGGGAGCUACCUGCUGCUCGUAUUCCUCUUCCAGGAAAAGCAGCAGGAGCUGCAGCAGCAGCAAACACAGACAGAAGAGAGCCAAGGUAUCGACUUGCAACAGCAGCAACAGCAGCAGCAGCAGCAGCAACAGCAGCAGCAGCAGCAGCAGCAAGAACAAGAAGAGAAGGACAGCGGAGAUGAAGACUCGCAGCAGCAGCUGACGGUCGUUAACGAUGCAUCUGCUGCUGCACAGCAGCAGCAGGAGCAGCAGCAAGAGCAGCAGCAAGAGCAGCAGCAAGAGCAGCAGCAGCAGCAGCAGCAGCAGCAGCACAAGAGGGGUGGUGAUGGUGUAAUAUGUUGGGAUGUCUGCUUCCGUUUGCCUGCUGCUGCUGCUGGCCGUUUGUCUUUGCUGCUGCGCGAAGACAAACCGCUGCAGCAGCAUGCGUUGCUGCUGCAGCAGCACUGCAGCAAGCUGCUGCUGCAGCAGCAGCAGCAGCAGCAACGCGCUCUGAGACGCUUAGGGUGUGAAGAAGAAAAACCAAAAGAAGAUAAGCUGCUGCAGCGGGGUGCUCUUGGUCCCUUGCUGCCUGCAGCAGCAGCAGCAGCAGCAGCAGCAGCAACUGAAUCGCCAGCAGCAGCAACAGAAACAGCAGCAGCAGCAACAGAAACAGCAGCAGCAGCAACAGAAGAAGCACCAGCAGCAGCAGCAGCUGCUGCUGCUGCAGAAGAAGAAGGAGCAGCAGCAAAGGGAUUUGUUUUCCUGCUGCCGCUAACAGCAGCGCAUGCAGGCGUCGAUCUGCAGCACCCCGCCCCCUCAGCAGCAGCAGCAGCAGCAACAGCAGCAGCAGCAGGAGUAGCAGACAAGACACCAGCAGCAGCAGCAACAGCAACAGCAGCAGCAGCAGCAGCAGCAGCAGGUGGUAGCAAGAAGCUUCUCUCUGCUUAUCUGCUGCCUUGGGAUUUGUCGCUCUGUGAAUGUCUGCAGCAAACCACCGUCGUUGAGCAUCCGGAUAUUAUAGUGGCGCUGCCUGAGGACCUCAGCAGAUACACAUGCUGGCCGCCGCCCUGCAGAGGGGGCCCCCCCUCCCGCCUGCCGCCUCGUCAGCCUCCUCCCCCUCCACCGGAAUGCAUGCAGCAGCAGCAGCAGCAGCAGCAGCAGCAGCAGCAACCGCAGCAACAGCAGCAGCAGCAACCACAGCAGCUAGAAGAAGGCGCAGUAGAAGGACGGGGCUUCCCUCUUGAAGAGUCGCGCUACGCAAUGCCGCCGCAGCAGCAGCAGCAGCAGCAGCAGCAACAGCAGCAACAGCAGCAGCAGCAGCAGCAACAGCAGCAGCUUCCACAGGUGUAUGAGGACCAACGCCCGCGUCCACCGCAAAGAUACCUACAGCAGCAGCAGCAGCGGCACCGUCAACAGUGGCAGCAGCACCAGCAGCAGCAGCAGCAGCUGCUGCAGCAGCAACAGCGAAUGCCUCCUAACACCCAGCAGCAGCAGCAGCAGCACUUCAUGCAGCCACAGAUUUACCAGCAACACCAAGUGCAGCAGCAGCAGCAGCAGCAGCAGCAGCAAGUUGUGCAUCAGCAGCAGCAGGCAGAAGUGCAGCAGUACCAGCAGCAGCAGCUGCCGCUGCAGCAGCAGCAAAUGCAAAUGCUGGCGCCGCCUACUGACCAGCAGCAGCAACGGCUGCAGCAGCAGCUGCAGCAGCAACAGCAGCAGCAACAGCAGCAGCAACACGCCCAGUAUCAGCAACAACCAUACCUGCCACCGCAGCAGCAACAGCCGCUGCAGCUGCAGCAGCAGCAGCAGCAGCAGCCGUUCUACCACCAGCAGCAACAGGGCCAGCAGCAACCGCAGCAAUACGGCGAGCAGCAGCAGCAACUGCAGCAGCAACAGCAGUUCCUGCUGCAGCAGCAGCAACAGCAGCCGCAGCAACAGCAGUUGCUGCCACCGCAGCAGCAGCAAUUUCUGCUGCCUCAGCAGCAGCAGCAACCGCAGCAGCUGCAGCAGCAACUGCUGCCUCCACAGCAGCAGCAGUUUCUUCCUGUUCAGCAGCAGCAGCAACAACCGCAGCAGCAGUUCCUGCAGCAGCAGCAACAGCAGCCUCAGCAGCAACCCCUGCAGCAGCAGUAUUUACAACAGCAGCAAUGGCAGCAACCAUAUUCACUGCAGCAGCAGCAGCAGCAGCUGCCACCGCAGCAGCAGCACCUUGUACACCAACAGGAGUAUGUGCAGCCGCAGCAGCAACAAGCGGAACAGCUGCAGCAGCAGCACCACCAGCAGCUGCAGCAGCAGCAGCAGCAGCAGCAGCAGCAGCAGCAGCAGCAGCAGGGUCAUCGAGGCUGGCAUAGAGGGGUGAAGCGGCAGCAGCAAGGAGGCCGACCGGGGGGAGGGAAGCGCCGCGGCUGCUUCCGCUCCAAUUGA